GUUCCGCGGCCCCAAAGCUGCUCCCGGUGCGGCAUUCCGGGCUCGGGCCUCGGCGGCCGCCAGCGCCCAGCGUGCGCGCCCGUCCGACACCGAUUCCCUCGCCGCCGGGUGAGUGGCCGCUGGCGGCGCCGCGCAGGGCGGGCUCCGCGGGAAUGGGAGCGGGUCCCGGGCUGCAGGCGGACGCGGCCGUUGCUAUAGCAACGCGCUGGCAAACCGGCCGCCCGGCCUCCAGCUGCGGGGUGGGCUGGCCUCCCCGCCGCCGAGGGAGGCGGCCGAGGUCCCCUCCGAGCGUCAGCUGGGGCCCAGCCGUUGGGACCCCGUUUCCCCUGGGUCCGGUGUUUGGGGUGGUCCCUGGCUGCCCUGGUUCAUCUCCACCUCUCACCUCCACUCCAUCUUGGGACCUGAACCUUUUUGAAAGUUUAAAGCCAACUUACCAUGGGGAAAUAUACACAUUUGGAAAAAUAUUGGGAAAAGGGAGCUUUGGAGUGGUCAUUGAAGCUAUAAACAAGGAAACAGGAACUAAGUGGGCAAUUAAAAAAGUGAACAAAGAAAAGGCUGGAAGCUCUGCUGUGAAGUUACUUGAACAGGAGGUGAACAUCCUAAAAAGUGUGAAGCAUGAGCACAUCAUACAUCUGGAACAGGUGUUUGAGACGCCCAAGAAAAUGUACCUUGUGAUGGAGCUUUGUGAGGAUGGAGAGCUGAGAGAAAUUCUGAAGAGGAAAGAGCAUCUCUCAGAGAAUGAGACCAGGUGGAUCAUUCAGAGUCUCGCGUCAGCGAUAGCCUAUCUGCACAAUAACGAUAUAGUACAUAGAGAUCUAAAACUGGAAAACAUAAUGGUUAAAAGCAGCUUUACUGAUGCUAACAAUGAAAUGAACUUAAACAUAAAGGUGACUGAUUUUGGCUUAGCCGCAAAGAAGCACGGCGGGAGCGAGGCCAUGCUGCAGAGCGCGUGUGGGACGCCUACCUAUAUGGCCCCCGAGGUGAUCAAUGACCACGACUACAGCCAGCAGUGUGACAUUUGGAGCAUAGGUGUCAUCAUGUACAGCUUGUUAUGCGGAGAACCACCCUUUUCUGCAAGCUCAGAGGAGAAGCUUUUUGAGUUAAUAAGAAAGGGAGAACUGCAUUUCAGUGAUCCAGUGUGGGAGUCCAUAAGUGAUUGUGCUAAAAGUGUUCUGAAACAACUUAUGAAAGUAGACCCUGCUCACAGAAUCACAGCUAAGGAGCUGCUGGACAACCAGUGGAUCACAGGCAAUACGCUUUCUUCGGCGAGACCUACCAAUGUGUUAGAAAUGAUGAAAGAAUGGAAAAAUAAUCCAGGAAGUGAUGAGGAAAGCACAGCAGAUCAAAAGAACAAGUUGUCCAAUCAAGAAAAGUUGGAAGGUUACCGACUCGGCAGAACCAGCAAAAAUGUCCAGGCUGUCACUAGCAAUUCAGAAGAAGAGGAUAGAAAACAGCCCACUGCUCAUAAAAAGAAAUUUCCUGUGAAAAGCAAGAAGGAGAAUGUGGACAGCUUGGACACAGGCAAUUCAAAUUCCACCCGUUACAGACCCCUUCCAGCUGGACUCAAGGGAGAACUAGAGAAAUCCUCUGUGGCUUCAAACCAAGGAGCAACAGCCAAAUACUCUACUAAGCCCACUGCCCUGCCUAGAACCAAAAAGAAACCCUAAGGCUCCCUCCAACGCUGAACAGUACAAAGGCAGAGCUGCUCCUUCUAGUGCUAAAAUGAGGAGAUAGGAGGCGGAAAGGACAGCUCUCUGUGAUCAUUUAGCCUUGAGCCCUGCAGUGUGUCUGCACCAGUUUAGAAUCCAAGCCAGUUACCUCCAAGCAGGUGGUGGUAAAGGACAGCCACCAGCAGGCUGAGGGCGGGGCUGGGGCUGAAGUCAACGCAAGGGGUUUUCCCGGUUUGUUCAGAGGAGCAGCCCUCAGAGCCAGGCUGUGGCCAUACUUGCUCAGUUUCACUUCACAUUCUUAGAUUUCAGUGCAGUUAUCUACAGGGAAAAUGAGAACCAAAUGUGGUAACGGAGGUCCCUAACGGUUAUGUGCACUUUGCACUAGAACACUUUGUUAGGAAAUUACUAAUAAACUUACCAAAGGCAUCACAGCAGAAGUCCGCCGGCCAUUCACGUGUGUUCUUGUAAUCGUAGGUCGCUAUAGAUUGUAUAAGACAACUUAAUUUAAAUGUAAAAAAAUAGGAGAUUUUGUAACUGCUUGCCAUUAACUUGCUGCUAAAUUCCCAAUGUAUUGAUUGAAUCAAUAAAAAAACAGAUGUUACCCAUGUACAUUAA